GAUACUGUUGUUUUUCUUAUUAAUUACUUAACUUCAUUUUAACUAAUUUGUAGACAUGGCGUUGCUUAUUUCGCUAAUCUAUGUUUGGAAUUUCAAAACUGCUUCUUUCAAUUAAAGCUGAAAUCAAAACCAUAUUUUACAUCAGCACUAAUUAAAGUAACUUGUUGUACUUAAGAUUAUAGAUACAAGGUACAGAAUAUGUAUUUACAAACGUUAUGUGUAAUUGCUAGGUAUCUCAAUGUAAUAACUUAUAUCAACUCUACUCGAUAUUGGUGUUGAAAUGCGUCAUAUCCCGAAACUGCGAAGUAAACUAAGUGUUGAGCCUUCUCCAACCACUCAGCUGAUCGAUGUAAACAAAACCAUGUGACCUGCCAUGUGGCAUUAACAUGGAAGCGACAUUAACCAAUCAAAUUCGAUCCAAUUUUCAUACUAGCCAAUCAGUGGCCUAGAAUGUCGUCUCCGCGAAGAAUUCCGACACACUUCCUGCAAAACGUAAACAGUUGCGCAAAAUCAAAACAAAGAACGAAUAUAGAUGGAAUAAGACAUAAUUCGAGACAAUAUGCCGUAUUUAGGACGUGAUUGGAGAUCGAAUGGCGACGAAUGGGUUAAGACACACAAUGGAUGGGAAAAACUGAAACUAUGGAGGAUCAAAGUGUUCGAAAGCUUGAACGAAAAUAUCCUUGCAAGAUUGAUACGACUGGCCAUGACAGAGUUUCACACCAAAGAUAAUGAUUGGUGCAAACAUCACCAGCCUUACAUUCACUACGUAAAAACCACAUCAAGGGAGAGGAAGAUCCUCACGAGUCUGAGUGAAGCGUUUGUCCAUCUGGACAUGUCCGGAGCCGUGAAGGACAUUAGGCGGUUUAACUAUGUGUGUAAGGUACUACAGAUCCUACUUUGUGGAAAGCUGACAAAUAUGAGUGGCACCUCACAGAAACAUAUUAUCAAUAUACUGGACGAAAUGGUCAACCAAGUGCUGAAAACUAAAACGAAUGUAGCGAGUACUCGUGACCUAGUCAACAGCACAAUGUGCACACUUAACGAGGGCCAGUACAGUCACAUAGGGAGCGAGAGUUUGUGGCACAGACAUCUACAGGGCGUACACAAGAUGCUCGCCAAACUCGACCGAUACAAAGUCGAACCGAGAGCUGACGACGGAAUGGCGAUGUUCCAAGACCUUCCCCAGGACUGUGUCCGGUGUAUCCUCCAACGCCUCUCCGACCACACGGAUAUCCUUCAUACAGGCAUGACGUCAUCAUCCAACAUGUUAAUCGCCGAGGAGAACUCGCUAUGGAAACAUCUCUGCUUCUUCCACUUCAGCGACCGUCAACUCAUCACCUUCAUCCCCAAAGAGCUGGAGACAGGACAGAAGAAUGUCGACUGGAAGCAUGUCUACAAACGUUGUGUUAAGAGAUUUGGUAAGAAGGACGUGUAUGCAGACACCCUGGCCAUUUGUACACACUGUGAUACCCUCUUUUGGCAGUCCAUUGGUCACCCAUGCAUCAGUGAUAAGGAGCCCAUGUCCAAACAACUUUCACCAGAGGUGUUCCUGAACUUAUUCUCUAUUUAGCCACGCCAGCCCCAUUUCUGUAGAGAUCUGACAUCGGUUCGUUUAUUAGCUCAAGUCUAGCCCACUUUCACCAGAAGUGUUCCCUGAACCAGUUUUUAAUUUUAAUAUGUCGUUUAUACGUCCAUAAAGAGAUCUGACAGUGGUUCGUUUAUCAGAUAAAAGUGCAGCCAACAUUCACCACAAGUGUUCUCGAACCAGUUUUCUGUUUACAUACAUCGACCACAAUUACGUUAAGAUCUGAUGUUAAUUUGUUUCUCAGAACUGUUCUCCAUUUUCUUGCAUCUAAUUUUUGUUAUAGUCCUGUUUCACGACAAUGAUUCGGUUUAUAUGGUAAUAAUAUUCAGUUGUAUCCCCGGCGUUUUAUAUGAUAAUCACAUUUGAAAAUCAAUGAAUGUAAAAAUGUAGAAACAAGUCAUAUCAACUUAUAUCGUAAAUCACACUUGUUGUCCCGGAUGCAAACGUGUGAGGGGUUUUGCUAUGGGAGGUAACCCGAAUACCUGGAGAAAACCCACUUGGUCGGGCAGGUGACCAAAUACCUUUUCACAUCCGAUCGGAUAAUUCAGCGAAAUACCAUUAUCAAAUUGAUAUGUGAUAUUUAGCGUGGUUUGCAAAACGCAGAGAAAAA